UUCUUGCUGCAGAUGAGUCUUGUGAUUAUCUUCAUUGUAGCUGUUAUCAUUUAUCGCGUUUUGGUGUCUAUUCCACUCUUCCGAAAUGAUACGCUCAGAUCACAGGCGCAAGCUAUAUCGUCCUUAUCAGGCGCAGUCGUCAACUUCAUCAUCAUUAUGUGCAUGGGACGAGUCUACGAGAAGCUGGCAUACAGACUCACCACUUGGGAGAUGCACCGGACGCAGACGGAGUUCGAGGACAACUUCACCUUCAAAGUCUUCAUAUUCCAGUUCGUCAAUUUCUAUUCGUCCAUCUUCUACAUCGCCUUCUUCAAGGGUCGGUUCGUGGGCUUCCCGGGGCACUACCAUCGCAUCCUGGGCCUUCGGAAUGAGGACUGUUCAGCAGGUGGAUGCCUGAUCGAACUGGCUCAGCAGUUGGCCGUCAUAAUGAUAGGUAAACAGGUGGUGAAUAAUGCCCAGGAGAUUCUUGUGCCCAAAAUGAAAGCCUGGUGGCACAAGAAACAGGUGAAACUGAGCCACAAAGCAAGGACCAGGUGGGAGGCGGACUACCAGCUGAUUGACAACGAGGGCUUAUUCCAGGAGUACCUCGAGAUGGUCCUCCAGUUCGGCUUCAUCACCAUCUUCGUGGCGGCCUUCCCGCUGGCGCCGCUCUUCGCGCUGCUCAAUAACUGGGUGGAGAUCCGGCUGGACGCGCAGAAGUUCGUGUGCGAGACCCGCCGCGCCGUGUCCGAGCGCGCGCAGAACAUCGGCAUCUGGUUCACCAUCUUGGACUUCAUGGCGCACUUGGCCGUCAUAAGCAAUGCUUUCCUGAUCGCCUUCACGUCGGAAUUCCUGCCGCGGUUGCUCUACAAGUACGAGUACGACUGGUCCCUCAGCGGCUACGUCAACUUCACGCUCGCAACGGCGCCCAACGACACGCUCAACAAGGAGUGCAGGUACCGAGGCUACCGAGACGUUCACGGGGAUCACACUCCCUUCUUCUGGAGACUACUGGCGAUUCGGCUCAGCUUCGUCAUCGUCUUCGAGCACGUGGUCUUCGGCAUCUGUCGCCUGAUCGACAUCCUGGUGCCGGACGUGCCCCAGAGCCUCGAGCUGAAGAUGAAGCGCGAGCGGUACCUGGCCAAACAGGCCCUAGCGGACUCUGACGCCAUCAUGCAGGUCGCCCAGGGCAAGGAGGACGACGACGAGGAAGGCAACGAAAACCACGCUGCCGUGAACGCCAUGCACGACGCGGGGGAGACGCCCACGUACGCCUACCCGCCCUUGACUCCUUCGUACAACAUGGUUGGCAACCCGUCUCAGGAGGCGCCGGAGCCCGCUGACCCCCCAUAUGUGUUUACCGAGAAGGAGUCCCCGACGGCGCCUUCGUACUCGAGCCAGAGGGAGUCGCCGCCUCUCGCGGGCUACACCAAGAUGGGCGCCUCCAGCCGGCCUUCGUCCUACGCCAACAGCUCGAGCUCGAACACCCCGACACUCUCGUCGCCGAAUUCGAAGGCAAUGCCGUCUUCGCCCACCAAUAGGAGCUCCUCCUCGAAUUCCUCGACCAACAGCAGCCCACCCACGCCCUCCAGAAAUAAGCACCGGCUAUCCUCUACUUCCCACUCGAGGAGGACGUCCUCGCAUGCGCCAACAUAACAGGAAACCGCCUCCACCCGUCCCACGAUCGUGUACAAGCAGACGUCAGUGUAAGUCGCUGCUUGACACACGACAGCUUGAGUUCUUCUUUGGUUGAGGCACUCGGCAAACCUUCAGUCUGUGAGUUGGAGGAGGCAGACGCAGGCGAAGCCCACGACUCUGGAACAUUUCACAGCAGACCAGUACAUGUGACGUAGCCUUGAGGCCGCAGCCCGUCCGUUGAUAAAUUGGCCUGGCUGACGUUGGUGACAAGUUUCCCGCGUACUUUGAGCCAGAAAAGGGACAUCAAGGCUAUAGAUUCUGGAGAUCUACCCUGCGAAAGGUGAAUGGAAGGUGAAGGGAUCCUCCAACACAUAGAUACUUGAGUGCCUUGUUCAUGCUAUGUUUAUGGGUUGAUACGAUUGACGGGUGGAGGCUGGAGAGGGUAGCACGUUGAAUUAUAUGACACAAUGAUGGAUGAUAGUGGCUUUAGAAAAU